AUGGAAUCUGUCUUUCAGAACUGGCAAGCAGCUCGGGGAGAAGGAAAGAGACGAGGAAUAGAUUUGGUGUUUAAGGGCAUCAAUUAUGACAUUGGAGAGAGAAGCAUCUUGAAGGAUGUCUCUGGUAUUGCAAAGCAGGGUGACAUGUUGGCCGUCAUGGGACCUAGUGGUUCCGGCAAAACGACGCUGCUUAAUGUCGUUGCUGGACGUAUUGUAGCAGACAGUGGGGAGAUAAGUCUCAGUGGACAACCAAUCAGCAAACGCAUGAGGAAGAAAAUGUGUUACGUUCUCCAACAGGACAUUUUCUACAGCAACCUGACCCUCAGACAAACAUUAACUUACACUGCUUUACUACGACUACCUGAAGAAAUGUCAAAAAAGGAAAAGAUCCACCGAGUCGAAGAAAUAGUAGAUGCACUGGACCUCAGGAAAUGCUUGGACACAAUAAUAGGGGAUAUAUUCCAAAGAGGAUUGUCUGGGGGUGAGCAGAAGAGAGCGAACAUCGCAAACGAGAUAUUGACAGACCCAAUGCUAAUGCUUUUAGAUGAACCAACCUCAGGCCUGGACUCCAACACAGCUUGCAAUCUGAUGAAGAUUAUGAAGAGUUACACACAGGUGAACAACAAGACAGUGAUAACAACAAUACACCAGCCCUCCAGCCAGAUAUACCAUCUCUUUGAUAGGGUACUCCUUAUAACAAAUGGACAAGUUGCUUACUUUGGUGAAGGAAGUAAAAUUCUUUCCUUUUUCUCAUCUUUGGGUCUAGAAUGUUCCAUGAACUACAAUCCUGCAGAUUUUAUAUUAGAAAAAGUCAGCGAUGAAAAGGAAAUCCAAGAUACAAUUAUUGAAGCUGCCAACAAAUUGAGGGAUUCAGAAGACUGGCCUGUAGAACUCCAUCAUAAUUACAUGUCUAAACAGCCACGCAUGGGUGAUAACAAAUCAAAUGGGCACAUCAAUAAAGCAUACAACAUUGAUGAAGUCAAACUUACAAUGGAAGCUACAACUGAGAUGGACUCUAUAAAAGAGAUUCAAAAUACCGAACAAGAUGGCAGAAUGCAUGCACUGGGAGGGGAAGAGAAUUACUUGAUGGAUGACGACAAAAAAUGGAUGACGUCAUGGUGGACACAAUACAGUGUAUUAACACAACGUAAUCUUUACCAGGCUAAAGACAGAAUUCUUUCCAAGUUCAAUAUUAUCCAAACGUUGUUCCUUGCUGUUCUCGCCAGUUUAUUCUGGUUCCAGAUCGAACGCACGGAGGUUACAUUAAGAGACAGGAUUGGUUUAAUUUUCUUCACAUCGAUCUACUUUGGUUUCUUUUCUAUCAUCGAUGCAAUCACUGGAUUCCCAGAGGACCGAGCAAUCCUGAGCAAGGAACGAUCAAGUGGGGCUUACAGACUCUCGGCAUAUUUUUUUGCAAAAAUGACUAGUGAAGCACCGUUGUUGAUUGCUCAGCCAAUUGUGUUUGUAACCAUUGUUUUCUGGGUGGCCGGACUAAAUGGUGUUACUGGCUACUUUGGUUGUUUAGCGGUCGUCAUCCUUGGGGCACUGGCAGCUCAGGGGGUUGGCCUUGCUAUUGGUGUAUCAUUUAAAAUCAUUAAGAUGGCCCUAGUUGCUGGAACUAUAUUUAUGCUCUUCAGUUUGUUGUCAGGUGGUUUUUAUACAGUAAAUCUCCCAUUUUGGAUCAACUGGAUCAAGUAUCUCUCAUUUGUGCUCUACGUCUACAACAUCCAGAUUACUUAUGAGUUCACAAAUGCUGCUCCUAUCUUUUGUUCAAGAGGAAAUCUGACUUCAUUUUCUGAGUGCCUUAACCCCAAUGUGACUAGCAUAGACCAAUCGGCGUAUCUGCAGUCUAUCAGUAUAGGUUGGCCUCUUUGGGCAAUGCACCUAGCUCUGUUUGGCAUCCUAUUAGUAAGCAGGACUACUGCAUAUUUCAUACUGAGAUUUAAAUCAACAAGAAUAGGAUGA